AUGGUGUUAGAGGAGUAUGAUGCUACUUUGAAGCGCGACAUGCCGUUCCACAUCAAAGUUAAAUUUCGCCAAUUUCGAUCCCAAUUCAAGAGAGUAUAUGCUGCAACAGGUGUUGGCGAUGCUCUCUUGGAGCACUUGAAAUUUGUACUCGAGACAGGAAACUAUACAAGCUUUAUUAAAUUUUUCAAGGUCGCUGUCGACAAGAUGGACAAUCAAUAUCUCGAGAUACUCCGUGCGAGACAGGAGCUGUUCAUGUGGGAUGUACCUACAUUCAAUGACCGACAAUACAAUAUCGACCCUCAGCCCGCGCUAUCUACCGAUAACGUUGAUUGGGAGCAUAACGAGCCUGAAUUGACCCCCUUAUCUUCGGACGCUUAUGAGCCGAGCGAUGUAGGUAACUGGAACGAAAACCUCUACGAUGGUCAAGACGCCGAGUCUGAUGAUGAUGCAGCUCCUGGAUCUGAGGAUGGCUCUCGUGAAGAUGAGAACGAGAGUCUUAAUGCAAGCGUUUGA